AUGCUUGCAGAUCGCAUAUGCUUGCAGACGGCAUAUGCUUGCAGAUCGCAUAUGGCAUAUGCUUGCAGAUCGCAUAUGGCAUAUGCUUGCAGAUCGCAUAUGGCAUAUGCUUGCAGAUCGCAUAUGGCAUAUGCUUGCAGAUCGCAUAUGGCAUAUGCUUGCAGAUCGCAUAUGGCAUAUGCUUGCAGAUCGCAUAUGGCAUAUGCUUGCAGAUCGCAUAUGGCAUAUGCUUGCAGAUCGCAUAUGGCAUAUGCUUGCAGAUCGCAUAUGGCAUAUGCUUGCAGAUCGCAUAUGGCAUAUGCUUGCAGAUCGCAUAUGGCAUAUGCUUGCAGAUCGCAUAUGGCAUAUGCUUGCAGAUCGCAUAUGGCAUAUGCUUGCAGAUCGCAUAUGGCAUAUGCUUGCAGAUCACAUAUGCUUGCAGACUGCACGGCAUAUGCUUGCAGAUCGCAUAUGGCAUAUGCUUGCAGAUCGCAUAUGGCAUAUGCUUGCAGAUCGCAUAUGGCAUAUGCUUGCAGAUCGCAUAUGGCAUAUGCUUGCAGAUCGCAUAUGGCAUAUGCUUGCAGAUCGCAUAUGGCAUAUGCUUGCAGAUCGCAUAUGGCAUAUGCUUGCAGAUCGCAUAUGGCAUAUGCUUGCAGAUCGCAUAUGGCAUAUGCUUGCAGAUCGCAUAUGGCAUAUGCUUGCAGAUCGCAUAUGGCAUAUGCUUGCAGAUCGCAUAUGGCAUAUGCUUGCAGAUCGCAUAUGGCAUAUGCUUGCAGAUCA